CUCCCUGCUUCCACCCUUUCUGCCUUUUAUGAAGCAAUAGUGGAGAGGAAAAACAAAACCCAUUCCUUUAAGAAAGAUUCCACCUCCUCUCUCAUAAGCAAGUGCCUAAUGGUAAUUGUGGAGUCUCUACCAAAGUCACUCACUUUACUACUCAGCGUUGGGAGAAGCUGCUGCCGCCACUGCUGCUGCUGCCACCGCCGCUGCUGCUGCCGCCGCCGCUGCUGCUGUUGCCGCCGCCACCGCCGGUCUGAGGCUGCAGUGGGUUUCCGUGCAGCACUGCAGAAUCCACACCUAGAAGAUACACACGUCUACUACCCUGGACACAGGAAAGCCUUGGAUCCUCAGUGGAUAGCAAGGAGAAUUGGCAGACUUGAAGCAUGAGUUCAGAUGCUAGCCAAGGCGUGGUCACUACUUCUCCUCCUCCCAGCGUGCCUCACAAAGAGAGGUAUUUUGACCGCAUCAAUGAAAAUGACCCAGAAUACAUAAGGGAGAGGAACAUGUCUCCUGAUCUACGGCAAGACUUCAAUAUGAUGGAGCAGAGGAAACGAGUUACUCAGAUCUUGCAAAGUCCGGCCUUUCGGGAAGACCUGGAAUGCCUUAUUCAAGAACAGAUGAAGAAAGGCCACAAUCCAACUGGAUUACUAGCAUUACAACAGAUUGCAGAUUACAUCAUGGCCAAUUCUUUCUCGGGCUUUACUUCACCUCCCCUCAGUCUCGGCAUGGUCACACCUAUCAAUGACCUUCCUGGGACAGAUACAUCCUCGUACAUGAAGGGAGAAAAGCUUACUCGUUGUAAACUUGCCAGCCUAUACAGACUUGCAGAUUUGUUUGGAUGGGCCCACCUGGCAAAUACAUAUAUCUCAGUAAGAAUAAGUAAGGAGCAAGACCACAUAAUAAUAAUUCCCAGAGGCCUGUCUUUUUCUGAAGCCACUGCCUCCAAUUUGGUGAAAGUCAAUAUAAUAGGAGAAGUGGUUGAUCAGGGAAGUACUAAUUUGAAAAUUGACCACACAGGCUUCAGUCCCCAUGCCGCAAUCUAUUCAACACGUCCUGAUGUUAAGUGUGUGAUACACAUCCAUACCCUUGCAACGGCAGCUGUAUCCUCCAUGAAGUGCGGGAUCCUUCCAAUUUCUCAAGAGUCCCUGAUCCUGGGAGAUGUCGCCUAUUAUGACUACCAAGGGUCACUUGAUGAACAGGAGGAGAGAAUUCAACUGCAGAAAGUUCUGGGGCCAAGUUGUAAGGUGCUGGUACUCAGAAAUCAUGGUGUGGUAGCACUUGGAGAAACAGUUGAGGAGGCUUUUCAUUACAUUUUUAAUGUGCAGAUAGCCUGUGAGAUUCAGGUGCGGGCAUUAGCAGGGGCAGGUGGAGUAGACAAUCUGCUUGUACUGGAUCUUCAGAAGUAUAAAGCUUCCACUCACACUGUGGCAGCAUCUGGAGGAGGAGGAGUGAAUAUGGGUGCCCAUCAGAAAUGGAAGGUUGGCGAGAUUGAGUUUGAAGGGCUGAUGAGGACUCUGGACAAUUUGGGAUAUAGAACAGGCUAUGCUUACAGGCAUCCUCUCAUUCGAGAAAAGCCUAGGCACAAGAGUGAUGUGGAGAUCCCAGCAACCGUGACUGCCUUUUCCUUUGAAGAUGAUACAGUGCCACUCUCUCCUCUCAAAUACAUGGCACAGAGGCAGCAGCGUGAAAAAACAAGAUGGCUGAACUCACCAAAUACCUACAUGAAAGUGAAUGUGCCUGAGGAGUCUCGGAAUGGGGAGACCAGUCCCAGGACCAAAAUCACAUGGAUGAAGGCAGAGGACUCUUCAAAAGUUAGUAGUGGAACACCUAUCAAAAUUGAAGAUCCAAAUCAGUUUGUUCCUUUAAACACAAACCCGAAUGAGGUACUAGAGAAGAGAAAUAAGAUUCGAGAACAAAAUCGAUAUGACUUGAAAACAGCAGGACCACAAUCUCAGUUGCUUGCUGGAAUUGUUGUGGAUAAGCCUCCUUCUACCAUGCAGUUUGAAGAAGACGAUCAUGCCCCACCAGCUCCUCCCAACCCCUUCAGUCAUCUCACAGAAGGAGAACUUGAAGAGUAUAAGAAGGCAAUUGAACGUAAACAGCAAGGACUGGAAGAAAACCAUGAGCUGUUUUCCAAGAGCUUCAUCUCCAUGGACAUGCCUGUCCUGAUAGUGAACGGCAAGGAUGACGUGCAUGGGGUUGAAGACGAGCUUGCUGAGCGAGUGAGCAGGUUAACUACAAGCACCACCAUAGAAAACAUCGAGAUUACCAUUAAGUCUCCAGAAAAAAUUGAAGAAGUCCUGUCACCUGAAGGCUCACCUUCAAAAUCACCAUCCAAGAAAAAGAAGAAAUUCCGCACUCCUUCUUUUCUGAAAAAGAACAAAAAAAAGGAGAAAGUUGAAGCCUAAAUAAAGUCUUUUUGUAAUUAUUAUUAUUACAAUGUGACGUUGCACAUUUAAAAACCACAUUUAAGUUGAUCAUUAAUAUGCAGUGGUAGAUCAGAUUGGGGGUAUGAAGCAAACUGGACUUUAAGAACUGGAAAGAGGUUUUACUAAAAGAAAAACAUAUUAUGAAGAACACUUUCAAAUUCAUCUCUCAUUUUGUAUGUCCAAAAAAGGUUUUGAAUUUUUAAACAAUUGCUAGUUUUGAUUAGCUCUGCCCUCAUGAAGUAUUGUUAUAAUCACCACAAACAGAUAUCUGUCUGAAUUACUUCAGGCCUUCUACAUAAUAUCUGUUGGAAAGAAAUUACCAGUGAACAAGUGAGAGAAUUUUUGUUUCUCAAAACCUGCUUCACUUGGUAAGCAGAUUAUAGUUUUUUAUCUUGAUUAUUGACUGUCCCUUUUGGGUUCCCAUUGUUAAAAUGGGCAUUAACAGAAUGCUUUAAAAGCUUCUAAGAUAAGAAUCUAUAGCAUUAGUAUACACUGGCACAUAAUUGUUUUUUUAAAUUUAAGAAAAGAUUCAUUAGGAAUUUUAUUCAUAGUAUAAAAUUUCCUCACCUGAAGUAACUUUGUUUGCAAAAAAAACACGUCAUUUUAGUAAACUAUAAUUUUUGAAAAAUUCCUUUUUUAUUAGUUUAGAAAGCCCCUUAUUUUUCAACAAAGGGGAUUUUAUACACAUAACAUGGGUUAUUUAGUUUAACUCUGGCAAAAACGAUUUUUGUAUGUUGAGAUGUUUGUAUACCAUUCAGUAUAAAAGUGUCUGAGCAUAUUAGCCAAUCAUUUAACAGUAGAGCACAUUUGAGGCUGCUUGGUACUAAGUAUACUUAAAUAUAAUUAAAGAAUCCAGGGACUUGGUAUCAAAAGGGGAUUAGAGCAUUUAAAGGCAUAACAGGAUUCAUAUUUGAACCUUAUAAUGUAUUUUUCUCUUAGUAUCACUAAUGAAUGAAGAAGCCCUCAUAAGGUAACCAAACAGAAAGGAAAAGAAUGAGAGAGAAAGUGAAAAAUGGAGGGAACAAGAGAGGUGUCAUGAGAAGAAUUCUAGUUCGAUAAUGAUUCAUAGUCAUGAUAGGAUUUGAAGUGUCAUUUAUUUAACACAUGUCCCAAAUUUCUAAAAUUCUGCUUCUCUGCCAAAAUUAUUGUAUUUCUUAGUUGAUAUUUGAGUUUUAAAAAGGGUCAGAUCCUCCUUUUAACUUGUGUAUCUUCAGAAGGCAGCACAAGAAGAAAUCAGUGGGUCUAAUCCCACCCCCACCGUGAGAGAACUACCACUUCUUAAUUUUUACCAAUUUUUCUUAUCUUUUAAGUUAACUUUCUUUCUAAUGUAAAUACAAAUUUAAACCUAGGCUUAAUAUAGUUAUUUUUUUUCCCUUUCACCCAAGUCAUGUCACAAAUCAAUGUAAAAUCAAUGAUCCAACAUAGUCAGUGGGUAAAAAUAAUCCAAAGUAUUUCUGAAGGGUGAGUUGGCGUGUAAAAAAUUACACUGAUGAUAGUGUGCUCUGGGGCUGGUUCUGUUCGACUGUGAGUGUAUGAUGAUGCAAAGUUGAAGUGGAGCCUGGAAAGUUCAUUCUAGAUCUCACUAACUACUGGAAUCAGUGUUUUAAUCUUAGUGGAAACUUUCAGUUGCUUAAUUCUGUAUUUGAGGAUUCUUUUAUGUUCUACAUCAUUUAUGUUGUAUUACAACGUAUGUAGAAACAGUAACCUGUGAACUGUGCUUUUCCAUAACUUUUUAAAAAUAUAUAUGAAAUGAAUGCAAUGUGCAUAAAUAUUUUUUAAAUGCAACAGUGAACUAUUUGCACCUUUUGCUAAUGCCUCUAUUUACUUGCUUUGGCAUAAAGAAUGAGCCAGUGAACCUCUGUGUCAUGUGGAAAAUGUAUAAAUGUUAUCUGAUAUUGCUCUUAGAUGUAAUGCUAAUUAAUGUAAAAUCACAAAUAAACAGUAUUUUAAAUAGA